UCCUAGUCACGCCCGUUGGGGGCUGGUGAGGACGGUAGACUCGCGAGAGGCCAGCAGAUUGUCACCACAUUCCGUGAAGAGUAUUUAGUUGAUUAUGCGUCAGGUGCGAAUAAGCCCGAGUGCGGUGCAUCUCUCGCUGGAUUGAGGAACGCAGCCACGCUGCCGGAGCGUUGGGGAGCCUAAACGCUGUUCGGUGGCGCUCUCCGCGUCACGAUGGGGGUGGGGCCUCUGGCCGUGGAGAUCGCCGCCACGUUCUGUGUAGCGGCCGCCAUCCUGUACCGCUACGGCGACUGGCGAAACCACCAGGUCUUCGUCACGGUGUCCGUGCUGAUCGCCUGGUACUUCUCGCUGAUCAUCAUCUUCGUCCUGCCGAUGGAUGUUUCGCGGACGGCCUACAAUCAGUGUUUGCGUGAGCACCAGGCGGCCCUGGCUACCACGACGACCCCGACCUCCGCGGUGAUGCCCACUAACGGCACGCUGCUCUCUGAGAACGCCACGAGCGUCGCGACCACGGCCGCGCCGACCGUCGUGCCGACCACUGCGCCGACCGCCGCGCCGACGGUGGCGCCGCCCUGCGAGCUGCCGUGGAGUUACGUGUCGGCCGAGGUGAUGCGCGACCUGUGGCGCAUCGUCUACUGGACGUCGCAGGCGCUGACGUGGCUCAUCAUGCCGAUCACGCAGUCGUACACGCAGGCCGGCGACUUCAACUUCAAGGGCAAGCUGCGCACGGCGCUCGUGGAUAACGCCAUCUACUACGGCUCGUACCUGGUGAUCGCGGUCGUGCUGCUUAUCUACAUCAGCAUGCAGCCCGGCGUCUCCGUGGACUGGCCGCACCUCAAGCUGAUCGCGUCGUCCGCCAGCAACACGUGGGGCCUGUUCCUGCUGGUGCUGCUGCUCGGCUUCUCGCUGGUGGAGGUGCCUCGGGCGCUCUGGCACGCCGCCCAGCGCGGCUGGAGCCUGCGCCACGGCUACUUCAGGGCGGCCAAGCUGAGCGCCGAGCGCUCGGAGGCCGAGGAGGCGCUCGAUGACGUGCUGGACUCGCUGCAGCUGGCCGCUGAAGCUAUCAGCGCCGCCCACCCGCUGCGGCCGUGCGUGGACACGGUGCUGUCCAAGGUGCCGGCGCCGCUGCAGGAGCGCAUGCGGCGACGGCAGCGGGCCGGCGACGCGGCGCCCGUGCCCACGCAGAAGUCGCUGGUGGCGCUGCACCGGCAGGUGAUCCGCGCCCUCCAGCAGCACCAUCGCACAGAGGCGCAGUGGGGCCUGCUCGUGGCAGAGGUGAUAGAGCUGGAGGACGUGGCGGAGAACCAGCGCCACCGGGACGGCUACUUCAAGCCGAGCCUGCCGCGGCCGCCCAGCUGGACCUCUGUGCUCGUGGGACCCCGGCUCGAGUGGUACUGGAGGUGUCGUCUGCGCGGCUACGCCCUGCGCUGCCUGGCCGUCGUGUGCGGCCUCACCUCGGCCAUGGUGGUCUGGUCGGAGCUCACUUUCUUCAACAAGAGUCCCACGCUCUCGCUGUUCGCCGUGUUCAUCAACGCGGCCAAGGCCAAUUACGACUACUUCGCCAUCGAGGCGGUAUCGUGCCUAACGAUAGCGUACCUCUGCGUGUGCACCUACUACACCAUCUUCAAGAUCCGAGUGCUGAACUUCUAUUACCUCGCGCCCAACCACCAGACGGACCAGCACAGUCUCAUCUUCUCGGGAAUGCUGCUGUGUCGGCUCACACCGCCGCUCUGCCUGAACUUCCUGGGCAUGAUACACAUGGACAGCCACAUCAUCGAGGACAGGGUCGACGAGACGGCCUAUACACAGAUCAUGGGUCACAUGGACGUGCUGUCCAUUCUCUCGGACGGCUUCAACAUCUACUUCCCGAUGUGCGUGGUGGCGUUCUGCCUGGCCACGUGGCUCUCGCUGGGCGCGCGGCUGCUCAGCUUCCUCGGCUUCCAGCAGUUCAUCGGCCAGGACGAGAUCACCACCGACCUGGUGGAGGAGGGCCGCGAGCUGGUGCGGCGCGAGCACCGGCGCUGCCAGCGCCAGGGCCGUGCCGGCGACGAGCGCGCGCCGGCCGCCGCCGCCGGCAGGGCCGCCGGAUGGGGCAGCGAGGCGUACCGCGCUGCCAAACUGCGCGCAGAGGAGCGGCUGCGCGGCCUGCUGCCCCGCUCCGAGUCGGCCGAGGUCAUCACCACCACCGUGCGGCACACGGCCAUCAGCUCACACAGACCCACACAGAUAUUGACUCACACGUCCACAGAGAUCCUCACCGCCCAGAUCCCGAGCUUGUCAUCUGCGCACAUCGAGCACAUCGUCUACGUGGAUGUUCUGAGCAGUUGCUGCCGCUAG